CGCUCACUUAUUUUCUCCCUCUCCCUCUCUCUGUCUUUCUCCUCAUGAAAUCCUGCAAUAUGCUUCCAAAUUCCCGGACGCGGACUCUCUCCUGAGCCGGUUUUCCUUCAAAGCCUCGGGGUUUUUUUAAAAACCGUUUUUACCGCAGAGAAAAUCACGAGAGUCUCUGAGUGCGGAUGCUGCUGCAGUGCCAAGUCCUCCCAGUCCUCCCCUUCAGACUGAGAGCCAGCUCUUCUUGGGAGUUCUAUCUUUUUUCCAGCAUGAUUUUAAGAAAUUGUCAGUCAGGAUUUUUGCUGUCUGAAGCCUACUCCUUCUCUUCUUUCUCCUCCUCCUCCUCUCUCUGCGGGCUUCUCCAAUCGACGCUGAAAACCUACACCAAGAGGAUACGGAUGUUGACCAAGACAACAUAGUCUAUUAAUAUUUCAGAGCUACUGUAAAGCGAUAUUAAACCCCAGGUUGUGGCGGGUGGCUGGGGAAGGUGCACAGGAUCUCCAUCUGCUGCUCUCCAGCUCUGCUCAGGUGAGAAAAAAGAGAUGUGAUGGCGAUAGUGCUGAGGAUGAUGAUGAUGAUGGAGAGGGAGGUUCUCCACUGCUCCUAGCCGCAGUAGGAGCUUCUCCACUCCAGCUUACCGCCUCCUUCUCUCCUCUACACCUAAACUUCCUCUUUCUCUCCUCCACCCGCCAGGAAGGAUGACUGUGGUGUCCACAGAAAACAUGGACGAGACUUCCACCCUGCCGGGUCACCCGCAGGACCCCUACCCGCCUGAUGAUGACCACGACAACCAUGACUGCUGUGAGCGGGUGGUUAUCAACAUCUCAGGGCUGCGCUUCGAGACCCAGCUGAAAACCCUCGCCCAGUUCCCGGAAACCCUACUGGGGAACCCUAAGAAGAGGAUGCGCUACUUUGACCCCCUUCGAAACGAGUACUUCUUUGACCGGAAUCGCCCGAGUUUUGACGCCAUCUUGUACUAUUACCAGUCAGGAGGACGGCUGAGGAGGCCGGUCAACGUACCGCUGGAUAUGUUCUCAGAGGAGAUAAAGUUUUAUGAACUCGGUGCUGAGGCAAUGGAGAAGUUUCGGGAGGAUGAGGGGUUUAUUCGGGAGGAAGAGCGACCUUUGCCUGAGAACGAGUUCCAGCGGCAGAUCUGGCUCCUCUUCGAGCACCCAGAGAGCUCGGGGCCAGCUCGGGGUAUCGCCAUUGUCUCGGUGAUGGUCAUUCUUAUUUCAAUAGUAAUUUUUUGCUUGGAGACAUUACCAGAGCUGAAGGAGGAUCCCAACGACCGGAUUCGCAUGGUCGGCAACACCACCAUGUACUACAAAGCAAGCGUCCUCACAGACCCUUUCUUUGUGGUGGAGACGCUCUGCAUCAUCUGGUUUUCCUUUGAGUUGAUAGUUCGGUUCUUUGCCUGCCCCAGCAAGGCAGCGUUCUUCAAAAACAUGAUGAACUCUAUCGAUAUUGUGGCUAUAAUCCCGUAUUUCAUCACUCUUGGCACAGAGCUGGCCGACGACCAAGGCAACAGGGAGGGUAAGGGUGGUGGGGAGCAGGCCACAUCUUUGGCCAUUCUCAGGGUAAUCCGUCUGGUGAGGGUGUUCAGGAUCUUUAAAUUGUCCCGACACUCCAAGGGACUCCAAAUUCUGGGGCAAACUCUAAAGGCCAGCAUGCGGGAGCUGGGCUUGCUCAUUUUCUUCCUCUUCAUUGGCGUGAUUUUGUUUUCCAGCGCUGUCUACUUUGCGGAGGCUGAGGAGAAGGACUCGUUCUUCUCCAGCAUCCCAGAUGCUUUUUGGUGGGCUGUGGUGUCGAUGACAACAGUCGGCUAUGGGGACAUGUACCCUGUGACCAUCGGAGGGAAGAUUGUCGGCUCGCUUUGCGCCAUAGCCGGAGUGUUAACCAUCGCGCUGCCGGUGCCAGUCAUCGUGUCCAACUUCAACUACUUUUACCACCGGGAGACGGAGGGUGAGGAGCAGGCCCAGCUGCUCAACGUCAGCAAUCAGAACUUGGCGUCAGACACCAACUCGAGUCGCCGCAGCUCCUCAGUGGUCAGCAAGUCGGAGUACAUGGAGAUAGACGAGGACUUAAACAACAGCAUUGACAACUUCAGGGAAGCUAACCUUAGAACUGCCAACUGCACAGCUCCCAGCCAGAACUGUGUUAACAAGGGCAAGCUGCUCACUGACGUGUGAGGCGGCAUGCGACCACCGCUGUAAAUAUUGUAGAAAUAUCUGGAUGCUUUAUAUCCAUUGGUGCAUUUUAUUCUCAUCUUUGCAUUGAUUCAUUCAGACAUUUGUGGAGACUUUAAUGCACAUGUGGUCAAAUUAUUAAAAAAAAAAAAAAAAAA